UUGGGAGGCGAGUACCAUAGAGGAGGGAAACCAGCGCGAGGCCCGGAGCUCCCCGCCGGCAGCGCGUGGUGGGGCCGGGCCGGGCCGGGCCGGGCCGCGCUCGGCUCCGCGGGGGACAUGGCAGCCGAGGUGAAGGUGACGGGGCAGAGCCAGGAGCAGCUCCUCUUGCUGGCCCGGUCGGCUCGCGGGGCGGCCCUGGUCAGCCUCAUCCACCAGGUGCUGGAGGCGCCCGGCAUCUACGUCUUCGGCGAGCUGCUGGAUCUGCCCAACGUCCGGGAGCUGGCUGAGAAUGAGUUCUCCUCCGUCUUCCGUCUGCUCACCCUCUUCGCAUAUGGGACAUAUGCUGAUUAUUUGUCCGAAGCUGGGAACCUCCCUCCAUUGAGCGAGGCUCAGAAGAACAAGCUGAGGCACCUGUCGGUGGUCACUCUGGCUGCCAAGAUCAAGUGCAUCCCCUAUGCAGUGCUGCUGGAACAGUUGCAGCUGAAGAAUGUGCGGCAGCUGGAGGACCUAGUGAUUGAGGCUGUGUAUGCAGAUGUGCUGCGUGGGAGCCUGGACCAGCGUAAUCAGCGUCUUGAGGUCGAUUACAGUAUCGGGCGAGACAUCCGCAGGGAGGAGCUAAGCACCAUCACUCGCACAUUGCAGGAGUGGUGCCUGGGCUGUGAGGUUGUCCUGUCUGGGAUUGAGGAGCAGGUUAGCCGAGCCAACCAACAUAAAGAGCAACAGCUGGGCCUAAAGCAGCAGAUAGAGAGUGAGGUGGCAAAUCUAAAGAAGACAAUUAAAGUGACGACAGCAGCAGCUGCAGCAGCCACAUCCCAGGAUCCAGAGCAGCAUCUGACAGAGCUCAGGGAGCCAGCUCCUGGCACCAACCAGCGCCAGACCAGCAAGAAAGCUUCUAAAGCCAAAGGGCUCCGGGGCAGCGCAAAGAUCUGGUCUAAAUCAAACUAGCUGGAUCUCUGAACUCCUGGGAGGGUGAGAGGGAGAAAGCAGGGUUAAAAAGCAGGUGUCCUGAGUGUGACACUUCUCUACUCAUCCCCAGCAUCUGUCUGUCCAACUAGUUCUUCUGCACGUUUGUUCUUUCCCAUCUGCUCUGUGCUUCCCUCUCUCCUCCAUCCCCUAGCAAUCUCUCCCAUUCCUCUGUUGCCAUCUCUUACCACCUUAGCUCUUCGGUUCCACGUCUCUUACCCUGUCCUUUGACAGGUAAAAUUUAAAGAGCCAUAGGACUAACUCCGUUUCAGUCACCUUAGCACCAGAAUAUCAUGGAAGCCUGGAAGGAAGUUGCACUGGUGCUCAGCAGCCAUUUUGGCUCUGUGGGAUCCUGGAACAAUUUUGCUCCAGAGUGUAGCUGCCAUAUUGAUUUUGUUCUUUGUUUUGCUGGGUGUGGAUGGGUGGUUUUUGUGGGGGAUUGUUUAAAAAAAAAAAAAGAUAUCUCAUAUAUAAUAUAUAUAUAAAAAAAAAUAAAAGGUAGAUCUGUGCACAUAUCUAUAUAAACUUUCCCUCAUGAAGGGUUGUCUCACUAUGUUGGGGGAAGUUUGAUGCAGGUGCCUGAAAUCCCAAAGCAGCCAAUCAUAGUGGAGAGGACCACCUCCUAUUGGCAGAGAUGGGGUAAGGGACCCAACUGGAAUUUGUUUUCCAUCCAGUGCAAGAAAUGGAGAGAGACUUUCUAAUACCUUGGGGGAUUUGCAGUGGGGAUAGGGUGUCAGAGAUGCCCUUGCCUCUCGUUCCCCAGCUGAGGGGCAGUGCACUUUUUCAGCAGGGUGAGUCAUUCAUCCAUGGCUGUAAAAUCAGCAGUGCUCCUGUUCCUGCAUAUAUAAUUGAGGAUGGGGAAGAGAACAUUCUCUUUCAGGGAUCCCAUAGACUGACCUUGGAAACAGGGAAGGAUUAAUAGAUUGGUAAUUUAUUCUUACCUGCAUAACAGAGGCAAUAGGACUUCUGCAUGUGAUUCCUGCAUCAAGUCAGUAAAUUCUGGUUGAUCUAAACCAUAUUAAUUGCCCCAAAACUUUAACAUACAGUUGAAGUUUCCCAGCAGUGUCUCAUGCCCUUCCAGAAUGUCUAGUAUACCCACAUCAUACCUUUGAAAACCAGGAAAUAGUGUGUACCUUAACUCUUCAUCUCUGCAACCGUCCCUGAGAUCUAUCCCCGCCCCAGAGCUGGCAAUAGCCACUGGGGGUAUGUCUACACUACGAAAUUAGGUCGAUUUUAUGCAGUCAAUUGUGUAUGUCCCCACUAAGCACAUUAAAUUGGCCGAGUACAUCCUCACUUCCAUGGCAAGCAUUGACUCAUGGAGCAGUGCUCUGUGGGAAGCUAUCCCACAGUCUCCGCUGCCCAUUGGAAUUAUGGGUUAAGCGUCCCAAUGCCUGAUGAGGCAAAAACAUUGUCUCAGGUGGUUUUGGGUACAUGUCAUCACUCUCUCCUCCCUCC